UAAACAUGGUUUCCAUGGUAACCAACAACAGACCUCUGGAACUUUCCAGCUGCUCAGUUGUCUGAAGAAAGAAACCCACCCGUUUUGAUCAUUACAGCCAUGGCCUUACCGUUUCUACCCGGGAAUUCUCCUAAUAAACAGCUGGGGAAGGAGAGAUUUCACAAAUCCCAACAUUUUGACUAUUCCAAUGGAGUUCAUAUGUUGGUGGGAUCUGCGAAGCCAGGCAUCGGAGGAGAGCUGUUAGCUGACCAGAAGAUUAAACCAAAAUAUUCUGUUUACCCUCAAGGACAGGGCAGUCAUUUACCAUCAUGGGUAGCCUUUGACAAACAGGCCUUGUGUUUUGAAGCAUACUUUCAGGAGGCUGUGCUUCAGUCACGAGAUGAGACAUACAGAAUCAGGAAGUGUAAAAUCUUCUUCUACCUGGAAGAUGAUACCAUACAGGUGGUGGAACCAGAAUACAAGAACAGUCGCAUCCCUCAAGGAACACUUAUUUAUCGCCAGCGUAUCCCACUGCCACCACCGGAUGAUGACCAGUUCUACAACAUCUUCCAUUUUAACAUCAGCCAACAGAUGGUGCUGUACUCACGCACAUUCACUCUGACCAACUGUGACUCUUUUACAAGGAAUUUUCUCACAAAACUUGGGGUGCACCUAAAUGACAGUACCACUGUACCUGAUGACCCCUACAGCAACCUCCGGGAAGAGACUGAGAAAAGCAUGAAGCCACUUCGGCCAUAUGAGAGGCAUGACACACUUAAGCAAUUCCUGGACCAUGACCGCAAAGUCCUGCGCUUCUUUUGCCUCUGGAAUGACACAGGGAGCGUUUUUGGGGAUUCCCGGGACCUCAUACUGCACUACUUCCUGGCUGAUGACACCAUAGAGAUCCGGGAGGUCAUCUCACCAAACUCCGGGAGAGAUACCGUGGCCAAGUUUUUACACCGCAGCAAACUACCUAAGUGUCCAGCCCGAAUGAAGCAGCCUGGAGAGAUCACAGACCGCACGGUGCUCAAUGUGUUUGCCUCCCCAAGUCAGGGAAAACGCUUCAUACUGGACAGCCUCAAGACAGGCGCUGUCCAUGAGGACUUUUAUAAGGACUGUGAUCUGACUGUGGGUGGGGAGGUGAACGUGUGGGGCAGAAGAGUGAUCAUCACUGACUGUGAUGACUUCACCAAAGACUACUACCGCUCCAAAUAUGGCAUAGAGGACUUCACCCCAGUGCAGUACAAAGCUUCCACAGCCCCCCAAACCCUGAGGCCUGUGCCCCCCUACAAUGGCUUUGGCUCAGAGGAGGACUCACUAAGCUCCUGCAAGGGCCUUCUGCCCAAGCCUCCAAAGGCAGAUUUCCAAAAAUUCAUGGAGAAAGACAGAUGUGGCCUAGAUAGUAAUGUGCUGAAUUUCCGUGCCAAGAUGGUGACCACCGAUGCAGUUGACAGAGACAGGGUAUUCAUCAUCUCCUUCUAUCUCUGCGAUGACUCCAUCAGUGUGUUUGAACGUCCACAGAGGAAUUCAGGUGUGCUUGGUGGUAAGUUUCUGCAGCGUGGUCGUAUAAAGAAGCCAGGCCAGGAGCUGUUUAAGAGCGAGCUGUCUGAGUACUUCACAGCUCAGGAUCUAUACGUGGGAGUUACCCUCUGCCUCAACAAUAAGCAUUUCCAACUUCUGGAUGCUGAUGAAUACACAUUUAACUACAUGGAGCAACAUGCCGAGGAGUUCCCCAAAGCCAAUGUGGGCAACAUCCUCAGUAAACUACGUUCCACUCCAGAGGAGAAACAGAGUGAAAUCAGGAAGUUCCUGGCUCUCAGUGACCCCAGCAAUACUGGUUUCAUCCCGUAUGAAUCACUCAGGGGCCUGCUAAUGGGCCUGGACUGCGGUCUGUCUGUGCAUGAGGUGCUGGUUCUAUGCCGACGUUUCUCAGAGCGUGAGCAGCCUCAGGUGGACUUGGGUCUGAUGCUGGCUGUGGCCCAGGACUUCCUUAAAAAGAAGAACUUUGAAGAACUCCCCGACAUGGCCAGAGCCUUCACACACCAGGAUCGACACAAAACUGGUCGUCUUUCCACCAAAGAGACAAGGACUGUCUGUAAGGCCUUCCAGCUUCCUCUGCCUGACAACCUGCUGGGAGGUCUGCUCAGCAAAUUUGCAGAUGGGGAUGACAUUGACUACCAUGCAUUCCUGGCAGGCAUUAACUGGAUAGAGCACCCUGCUCCCUCAGUAGUGCCUGAAGACACCUUCAAGUUUGAAAUGGAUGCGAGGUUUGAUGCUGGUGGGGCUACAGUGAAAAACAUCAACUACUCUUCCCUCCUGGGUGACGUAUUCAGCCUUCAGUCAAUCAACGGUGACCCAACAACCGCCACAUCAGCAUAGACACAAAGUGGAAGGUGGAAUAAACAUAUGCACACACAACUUUAAUUAAAGAACAUGGUCCGUCAGCUAACCAACAUGUGUUUUCAUUGUGUCCCUCCAUAGAGAUGUGUAAAACUUAAAGGGAGGUGAGAUGUGUGUGCACAACUAGAAAGUUUGUUGUCUUGUAUAUGAAUGAUUUGGUAGUAAUGGCCUGUUAGCUAACAGUCAAGUUAACUGGAAAAUGUAUGCUUUUUGAUGUGCUUGUGUGUUUACCUGAGUUGGUAUAAAUCCCUCUGAGACAUGGCAAAAGACAUGAGGCGUUAAAGCAGAACCAUAUUUCAGCUCUGGGCAGCAUGUGUGCAACACAUUAUGAUGACAGGGUAUUACACUGCAUCCACCAGACCUGUUGAUAAGACGGGAAAUUGUCCUUAGAAUGAAUGUCUAUUGACUAUAAACUGGCUCCAUCUCAAUCCAGUUUAUUGUUUGUCACAUAUACCUAUAAAA